ACGAGACGAGCCAAAGGUACACAUUUCGGCCGCUUACAAAGUUUGAACCGAGGUUCCGCGCUUUUUUGGACAUGGCAGAUUACCAACACCAGUCCAUGAUGGCUAUGAUGGGGAUAUGAUGCCUAUGAGAGCGGAACACAGGGAAAUGAACCCUCCUCUCUCCCUCCGUUCCUGCCCGUUGCCCCAUAGUCGUCGAUCAAGGCGGCAUCUGCGGUAAUACGCAAACAACUUGAUGUCGUUGGUAGUAUUCCCAUCAACUUUGUCACUGUCAUCUGUACAAGACGGGAAGCAUCCAUUAGUGCAACGGCUGCAACAGCAAACCGGAAGUUCUUCCUGCUUCUUUUGAAGCCCCGAACUUUUCAUGAUGACGGCUUCAUGGUCCCCUUUAAGCGCCCAGAUAUCAUACACUACCGUUUCAAAGUCAGUCGCGACGCGGCGAACUCAUCCUCAGGUGACGACUUUUUGGACCCGACUUCCGACCGAACUCAUCCGGCGCUCCCGGACCUCCCGGACCUUUCGGGAUCCAGUCUGUUGACAGUAUGCUCCGAUCAUUGUCCAGUCCCAAUCCUUGCAUGUUAAAGUUUUUCUUUUCUUUUCCACAGUUUGAGCUCCGCUCUUCCCGUGCAAGUGAUAGUGCCAUAGAUCGAGGGUACCUGGAAUUCCCGUUCAUCUCCAUGCAUGGCUUUUGAUAUCAUAAUCGAUAUUUACCUGUCUAUCCACUAAUUUUGCGUUUACUCCUUCAGUUCAUUCUCCUCUCACUCAACUUUUACCUAGCCAACCAAAUAUUUCACAAUAAGGCAGCUCUGUGGCCCGUUGUGCUGUGCUUAUUUCCGGCUUCUACAUCAGUUGUCGUCCUCUCAUCCAUCUUUCACUUGCGAAGGGCUCUACCACCCCCCCAUCCACAAAACUUAAACCUCUCCGCCCAUAUCUCCGCAUCUGGGGCUCAAGCACUGCCUCCCCCGCGCCCCAGAAAUCUGCACAUUCUUCACCAUGUCCGUUCCACUUCAAAACCGGGUAUCGGAUAGCUCCGACGGCAUCGACAGGAUAGCCGAAGAGAAGCAAAAGCUCUCCGUGAAUGCGCCACCAUCUACACGAAAGCAAGAUGCGCUGGGGCUUGACGACGCCGACCGGCAAUCCACCACAAACCGCUUCAAGACCUUCCGGUCAGCCUUCAAGUAUAUUCACCACCUAACACCAAAACAGGUAGAUGACUACAUGCACUCGUAUGUCAUCUACAACCUUGACUGGGCCGACGAAGAUGCCAUGGUCAAGGAACUUGGUCCUGACUACCAGGCCAAGGUCGGCGAGUGCUUGAAGGCUUACUACGGAAUCAUCAACCACCUCUGCGCCAUGGGCGAUGUCGAGAAGAUGUACAUUCCUCCCCACAUGGACAAGCGGGCUUCCGUCAUCGAGAAUCAGCUGCUUUAUGAGAAGGCCGUCGCGCAUGCCAUUGGCAUGAAGGCCGGCGACAAGGUUCUCGACUUGGGAUGUGGCCGAGGGCGCGUGGCUGCUCAUAUGGCCAGCAUGACCGGCGCUACAGUUACCGGUCUCAACAUCGACCCUAACCAGGUCGCCCAGGCACAAGAGUUCAACAACCUGAAGGGAUUCAAGAACACUUUUGUACAACAAGACAUGAACACGCUACCACUACCCUUCGCCGACAACUCCUUUGACUGCUUCUACCAGAUCCAAGCACUGUCAUUGUGCAAGGAUCUCCCAACGCUCUUCCGUGAAGUCUACCGCGUUCUCAAGCCGGGCGCCAAGGUCUCGCUCCUCGACUGGGUUAGCCUGCCAGGCUACGACCCCAGCAACCCGGAACACCUUGCGCUCAUGAGGCGCGUAAAGCCCCUAAUCGGCGCCGUUGGCACGCCAACGCCCAAGAGCUUCGAGAAGGCCCUCGAGGAUGCUGGCUUCGUCGUCACGAAAUCCGAGAACGCGAGCAUCGACGGCUUGCAGGCACCUCUGAUUGAUCGGGUUGACAUCUACUUCCGCACCAUGCGCCAGAUCAUUCUGGGCUUGGUGAAGAUCAAGGUCCUACCCCAGCACUUCAAGACAUUGAUCAACAGGUUAUGCCUGGAUGGGCAGGCGUUUGUGAAGAUGGACAGGAUGCGUCUCAUUUCGACAAGUUACUGGAUUGUUGCGGAGAAGCCCCUCUAAUCGCUUGAACGACAGAUACCUGUGCACAAAACAAAGCAAGCCUGGCGCAUGGUGGUGAUGGUUUCGUGCAAGGUUUCGGCUUAUGAUACCGUUUAAACCUUUUGCGAUGGAUAUCCCCCCUUUCGGUUCAUUUUCUAGAAUAAUCAAUAAUGUAUGUGUGAUGGGGGAUGUUGGAUGAUGAUAAGGAAUGGUCAUCUCUUGUACGUGGGUUGUUGCAUUUUUCUUUCUUGUUUACUGCACCCUUGUCUUCAAACAAUUAGAUAUCCAUAGAACGAGGCAUUUUGUAUUGCAAUACCAAAACUAACUACUCAAACAAUCCAUCUGCAUAUGAC